CUCUUCCCUUCCCCUUAUCCGCUCCGCUCCACAGCCUCGCCCCGAUUCCCCCCUCGUGAUUUCCCCCUUCCGCUCGCUCGCGCCGCUCCCUACCGGCCACCACCGCGCGCGGGACAAGCAACCUAGCUGCUCCGGCUGCCAAGCCAUCGCCAUGGCUCCGUGCCCCGCCGCGACCACAACUCGCAUUGGGGCGCCGCCGUUCGCCGCGACGACGGCUCGCCGACCCGCCCGGGGCGCGACGACGACGACGAAGGCGCGGGCGUCCGGGCUGCGGCAGGUGGAGGGCCCCGUGUCGGAGAGGGCGUACUCGUCCUCCUCGCCCGCUCCCACCCACAAGGUCACCGUCCACGACCGCCAGAGAGGUGUCGUCCACGAGUUCGUCGUCCCACAGGACCAGUACAUUCUGCACACCGCGGAGGCGCAGGACAUCACGCUGCCCUUCGCGUGCCGCCAUGGUUGCUGUACUAGCUGUGCGGUUCGGAUAAAGUCAGGACAAAUAAGACAACCUGAAGCACUUGGAAUAUCUGCUGAACUAAAAGAUAAGGGCUAUGCAUUGUUGUGUGUUGGUUUUCCAACUUCUGAUGUUGAAGUUGAAACACAAGAUGAAGAUGAGGUCUACUGGCUCCAGUUUGGAAGAUAUUUCGCACGAGGACCUGUUGAAAGGGAUGAUUAUGCACUGGAGCUUGCAAUGGGUGAUGAGUGAGCCGUGUCUAAAGAGUGGUGUUUGCAGUCGGGAGCUCAUGUUGUCUUAAGGACUUUCUUUGAAAGUGGAGAAAGGGGCUUUUUCCUCAGCUCACAAUUUUCCAUCUUCAGUGCUGUUACUCUGUUAGCGAUUGUUUGGCAUGUAAAAAAGUGUGCUUUCUUGUAAAAAUACCAUUUUCUAGUUCGCACCUGACAGACGAAGAACACCAUGGAUUACAUGUAAAGUUGUAAACUGAACACCUAAUCUUGAGUGCGAAUAAUGAAUAAUGAUCACCGGAGUUAUGAGUUUGGGAAUGAUA